GCAUGAUGUUCAUCGGGUCUGGGGUUCGUCACCUUGGCUCAGAUGAUCUUGCCUAAUUUUUUCUUGGCGAAGUUUACCAUCAGUGAUCCACUUUGAUGCAAUGAGGGCGUUAUUACAGGGUGAUUGGGUCGUAGUAUGGUAGUAAAGUGAACUGUGAUGUCACCAUGGAUCUGUUUCGGAGAGCUAUUUCUUCCACGAUGUCGAGUGCGCAAUCGGCUGCGCCGCAAGGCCCCCUUUUUCGUGGUGAUUUUCGUGUGACUGUUCGAGAAGUUAAUCGAUGUGGUUGGGUUUCUUCUCUUCGAUUCGUGGAAGAUCACGAAAGGGGAUUCGGAUUCUCAUCUUCCUUCGGCAAAACAACACCGGAAGUUUUCGUUGGAGAGAAGCGUUGGGCCGUGUUCUGCGUCCAUGAUGAUGAAAUUCCCUUCGUGGAAUUGUACGAGAAUGACAAGAAAGCUGCCAGUCACAAGCCGAAUGCGUAUUUCAAUCUUCAAAGCUGUCUUCAUGUAUCUCCGUGCAUAAUACCUUUGGGCGAUGGGGAACUUCGAUAUCCCUUUGUUAUUACACUUGCUGAGAGCGUUUUACAGUUCGCCGCCCCUGAUCGGCCCACGAUGAUGGAGUGGGUGGAUUGCCUUAGGAACAAACUUCGGGAUUUGAAAAUACUGCAACCAAAGUUCAACAUAUACUCAAUGGAACCCAUUCCGAAAGCUUUACUGCCAGCAAAUAGAAACCCACUUUCUCCGCUUCCACCCUUUCCAAAUACGGGAACCAUCGUCCCUCCGGGUCUUGAGAUCGUCCGUGGCUCGGAACGUCGCUCAUUCCGGGCACCAGCUCUUGUUCACCUCACCCAAGAACCUUCGCAGAUUAUCGGGUUGAGCGGGGGAGCCAGUGAACGUAGCGCAACAUUUUCGCCGGCGCAGCCACCUGCAGAAGAAGAUACCUUGGAGCACUAUUUACCUGUUUGGGGACUUGGAACUCCAGGAGGAAUUCCAGUUAGUUCUGCAGUGGACGAAGAAACUCUCGUUGAUGUUUCGCCGAUUUCGCGUGUGUUUCAUGCGUGGCAUGCAAGCGCCAGUACUGAUGAAGCUCCUCUACCUAGAGCAUUGGAAACUGAAACAUCUGUAGCCGCCAAUUCUUCUCUGAAUAGGAUUCAACUAAAUAACAGUCUCUCAACCACGGAAGUUCCUCCGUUACCAGCCCGUCCUCCUCCCCCUCGACCCCCAAAUCGGGUGCAAAAUCACAUCAUGAGAACUUUGAAAGAGGAGCAAGUUUCGGAGUUUCAACGACAGCAAGAUGCGAGGGUUCUGCGAGUGAGGCUUCCUCGUCGAGAUGCCCAUGGAUCAAUAGCUCUAGUUGAUUGCUUCAAUUCCGUCUGGUUUGCAGGAUGGAAACAGAAGGAACAUCCUAUGUUGCAUCACUACUUCCAUAUUGGGGAUCAGUUGAAGACCGUAAACGGGACGCAAGUUAUUUCCGCUGCUCAGGCACAGAAGUUGCUGAAAGAUUCCAGCAACAACGUGGACGUGGAGAUUCUGUUCAGAAGAGUUCCGUCCGGAAAAAUUUGCCUAAUAAAGCGAUCAGUGGUCGGUGAAAGCUUGGGGCUUAUUAGAGAAGGAAACACGAAUAUCAUAAAGGAGGUCCAAGAGGAUGGUCUUGCCGCAAGAAGUGGUCUUCCUUUAAAAGCGAAGACAUCUGAUGGCUUGUCUUUCACAGAAUGGGUGCUGACUGAAGUCAACGGACGACCAUUGAAUCUUUUCUUCAAGGGGAAUGAGGUUGAAGAACGGCUGAAUGCUGUUGGUCAAGAAAUAUCGUUGCUUGUCCAGCCGCGGGAUCUAGUCACGACAAUCAAGCGCAAUUUGAAGCUAAUCCGGAAUCACAAGGAAUACAUUGUUCAAUGAUAUAGUAGUCCAAGCUUUGCGCGAAGAUUUAUUUUGGCCUUAUUUAACGUAUGAUUAGUGUUCUUUUUUGCGAUAGUGAGUUACCCAGGCUGGGUAGAAUCAAUUUCUUGCCCUUUUUAAGCUUGCUUCCACGUCUUGCCUUGGAAACUUUUUACGAGGAGGAGUGAUAUCAUUCGCAUUGUGUUUCUAUAUGUAAAGACAUUUUGUUACAUUUUUAGCUUACGUGAUGUUGUAUUUACUUUUUGCUGGAGUUAUUUUUAAGCACGGAAAUGUGGAAUCGUCUCUUGCUCACUGAGACUACAUCACGUCGAAUAUCACGGCAAAAAGAAUCUUUGACUGUCUCCAUCUCAAUUGUUCGAAUUCGUGAUUGUUGGAGAUGAAAUAUUGCGACAAUUAUAGCGUCUCGCGGUAUUUUGUUCGGAUGUUCAGAAAAACGCGGAAAUGGAAUCCCUGCUUGCGGAAUUUGAA